GCCCCGCCUCCGCGCUUCCUCCUCUUUCACUUUCCUUUCCGCGGAAAGCGGGUCGUGCCUCUCGAGCAUGGACGACCUGAACUGCGAUUCCACCUGGGAGGACGAGAGCGAGGAGGAUGGCGAGGACGGCCAGGCGGAUGAUACGGGCGAUGCGGACACGGGCGACGAGGACGGCGACGCGGAGGAGACACGGCCAGGCGUGUUCCAGCUCAAGAUGACAGGGUACCGAAACUGGCGAGCUAUGCAGGACAUGCAAAGGUACCGACACAACUAUCCGGAUUUGGCAGAUCAAGACUGUAAUGGCGACAUGUCCAACCUGAGUUUCUACAAGAAUGAGAUCUGCUUCCAGCCAAACGGUUCUUUCAUUGAGGAAAUUCUUCAGAACUGGAAAGACAACUAUGAGCUCCUUGAAGAGAAUCACUCCUACAUCCAGUGGCUGUUUCCUCUGAGGGAACCGGGAGUGAACUGGCACGCCAAGCCCCUCACACUCAAGGAGAUUGACGCAUUCAAAAGCUCCAUGGAGGUCAAAGAGCGUCUUGUCCAGGCCUAUGAGCUCAUGCUGGGCUUUUAUGGGAUCCAACUUAAGGACCGGGACACGGGUGCAGUCUGCCGUGCACAGAACUUCGUGUCACGCUUUCACAACCUGAACAGCCACAGCCACAACAACCUGCGUAUUACGCGCAUCCUCAAGUCACUGGGUGAGCUGGGCCUAGCGCACUACCAGGCACCGCUGGUCCGCUUCUUCCUGGAGGAGACACUGGUGGAGAACAAAUUACCCAGCGUGCGCCAGAGUGCCCUGGACUACUUCCUGUUCGCUGUGCGCUGCCGGCGCCAGCGCCGCGAGCUGGUGCACUUUGCUUGGAAGCACUUCAAGCCACGCUGUCAGUUUGUCUGGGGGCCCCAUGACAAGCUGCGGAGAUUCAGGCCCCGGCCACUCACGGCACUAGGGCAGACAGAUAAGGAUGAGGGCUCCAGAAACCCCUUCCAAGAGGCUGGCACACGGGGUCGGACCUAUGGAUCUGGAAGGAACCUGGGUGGGGACAGGGAAACAACUGAGGAUCCCUCACUGCUGAGCACAAAGCCCCAAGAUGAUGUGGGAACCUUGGAUGGGGACCAGAGGGGUGAGGCUGAGUCACUGAGCCCCAAAGAGAGCAAGAAGAGAAAGUUGGAGGGAAACAGGCAGGAGCAGAUCCCACGGGAGGCAGAUCCUCAGGUAGAGAAAAUUGUCCACAACCUUGAGGGGUGUGCCCUCAGCCCUAGCAGCCAGGAACCUAGGGAGGCUGAACAGCCCUGUCCUGUUAUCCGCGGGGCCAGGGUGACUGAUGAGGUAAGAAAACGUAGGAAGGUGGAGGAAGGGACUGAAGGUGAUGGAGUAGCCAGUAACCAUAGCACCGAUACGUUAUGCCCUACCCUGCCUCCUACACCUUCAGAGUGUCCUGAGGCCCAAAAAGAUGAGAAUGGGCCAGAGGACCCAGAAAGCCAGGUGGGGACAGAGGACCCAGAAAGCCAGGUGGGGACAGAGGACCCAGAAAGUCAGGUGGGGUCAGAGGACCCAGAAAGCCAGGUGGGGACAGAGGACCCAGAAAGCCAGGUGGGGACAGAGGACCCAGAAAGCCAGGUGGGGUCAGAGGACCCAGAAAGCCAGGUGGGGUCAGAGGACCCAGAAAGCCAGGUGGGGUCAGAGGACCCAGAAAGCCAGGUGGGGAUAGAGCAAGGUACCUUUGGGAACUUGGUGGAACACCCUGACACCACAGAAGUCUCAGUGGGUGAGUCAGAGAAGCUGGCAGGGAUGGGGACCUCUGCUGAACCCCCAAAGCCUUAGAGGUGCAUCUCAGUCCUACUCUACCCACUGCAGGGGUUGUCUUGAGUCCCAGAGCCCUGUUGUUGGCUCUUCUUGGUGCCCCACAGUGCUGGCCUCUCCCUGGUGGCCACUGAAGCAGCCACCAGGGGGACUGAGGCCCUGCCCUCAGGGAAGGCCAUGGCCUUCAGAACCCUCCUUACCUCGCUGUGUCCUCCCCCACUGCCCUCUGAGCCCAGUGUUUGUGAACAGAUCCUAAGGGUCUCGGGGGAGGGGCCUCUCUUUUCUUAAUCUGGUGCCAAGUGAGGCCUUUUCUGAAUAAACUCUUUAGACUUUG